AUGAAGCCAGAGCUUCCCUUCACCGGCCUCGCGCCCUCUGCCGCCGCCGGGGCUGGGGCUCCCGCUCCCCACGAGUCCGUCCACCCGUCCGCCGACACUGAUGGACUGGAGGAGCUCGUAGAGGAGGUGCUGCCCCGCUUCCCGCCCGACGACCCCGCGAGCCUCGUCCGCGCCGCGCUCGUCAGCAAGCGGUGGUGCCGCCUCAUCUCCGGCCGCGGGUUCCGCCGCCGGUUACGUGAGUUCCACCGCUCGCCACCACUGUUAGGAUUCAUCUGCAACCAAUUCAAUUCCACCUCCAGCCGCUUCGUCCCCACAUCCCCCUUCCGCCCGCCCGGCGCCGACCGCCUCUGGCAGCGGCGGCGAGCAGUCAGCUCAGCCCACGGGCGCGUCCUCCUCCACCAUGCGUUCGGGUGCAAGCUCUUUGUCUGGGAUCCCGUCACGGACGAGGAGCAGGAGCUGCCCCCACUGUACCCAUACCGUUCCACUCUGAGCUGGAACGCCGCCGUGCUCUGUGCCGCGGCCGGCGGCGGCUGCGACCAUCUUGACUGCCGCUACGGCCCCUUCCUCGUCGUCCUGGUGGGGACUGACUAUGAGGGACAAACCUUCUCCCGUGUCUACUCAUCCGAGACUGAUGAGUGGAGCACUCCCAUCUACGCUGAGCUCCCAUCCGACAUUGAUACCUGCUGCUAUUUUGAGCAAGGGAGAUGUCUUGGAUCCACCUACCAGAUGCAGCCACCCCGCAUAAAACUGUGCUGAUGGCUACGGAGGAUGGAAGAAGGCUGGGAUUCGCCGUCGCGGAUAGGUCCAGCCGGCUCUACCUGUGGUCAAGGGAGCACGGUCCGGAUGAAGGUGAAAGAUGGGUACAGAACAGUGUCGUUGAGCUUGGUACGCUGCUCCCGGCUCAUGCCCUCUCAUCCAGAGCUCAGGUGGCUGGCUUCUCUGGGAAUGGAGUUGGAGUCAUUUUCAUACGGACUUGGGCUGACGGGGUCAUUUUUUACUUUCGAUCUCAAGUCUGGAAGAUGCAAGAGGGCAGGGGACAGCCGUGCCUUCAAUGGGAACAUAUCUAAUCUAGUGCAAACCACAACUUCGUGAAAACUCGUGCAAACCACAGCUAAAAAGUCGUCUAAAUUCACCAAAAAAUCACACAU